AUGAAGGCAGAGAUACAAGCAUUGGAGGACAACAAGACAUGGGAGGUUGUGUCGUUGCCUCCAGGAAAGAAGGUCUGUAAUCUCCAUAGCAGCAACCAAAGGUUGGACUCUCUAUCAAAUGGUGUUUACAAUGCUUUCUUGCAAGGAGAUUUGGAGGAAGAAGUGUACAUGACAUUACCUCAAGUUGUUUUGGUCUAUGUUGAUGACCUUCUGAUUACUAGUGAUGAUGCAGACCUUAUUUCUGCUACCAAACAUAUUCUGCAUCAAAACUUCAAAAUUAAAGGGCUGGGGGAGUUGAGGUAUUUUUUGAGCAUUGAAUUUGCUAGAAGCAUUGAAGGGAUAUUGUUGCACCAGAGAAAGUAUGCUCUUGAGGUCAUCUCAGAUGUUGGUCUUACAGGAUCUAAGCUUGUUCAUGCUCCUUUUGAGAUAAAUCAGAAACUCACCUCAGUUACAUAUGAUGAUCACCUCUAUCUUAAGGAUGAUUAUUUGCUUGAAGAUCCUAGCGCCUAUCAAAGACUGCUAGGCAGACUCCCCUAUUUGACAAUUACAAGGCUAGACAUCUCUUUUGUUGAGCAAUGUCUAAGUCAAUUCAUGCAAGCUCCCAAGAAUUCUCACAUGGUGGUUAGGUACAUCAAACAAAGCCCGGGUCUGGGGAUUCUUAUGUCAGCUACUUCAUCUACACAAUUGAAGGCUUAUUGUGAUGUUGAUUGGGCAGCUUGCCUUAAUAACAGAAAAUCAGUCACUGGUUACUUGGUGCAAUUUGGUGAUUCCCUCAUUUCAUGGAAGUUUAAGAAGCAAAGCACUAUUUCCGGGAGUUCUGCUGAGGCAGUGUAUCGUAGUCUAGCAUCAACAAUGGCUGAUAUUGUGUGGCUUGUUGGUUUGUUCGAUUAA